AUGACUCAAAAUUGGAAAACUGGGCCAGGAAAACUGGAGUUCAGAGCAUACGAAAAAGUGAAAGUUGUUCUUCAUGCUUCAGAAGAUGUACCAUUUUUAAACCACCCUCAACAAGAGCAGGAGAUUAUCCCUUGGGGAAAUAUCUUUGACAUGAGGUUUCAGGUCAAAGAGAUCAAAAAUGAUCCAUACGUGAAGAAAGUUUCAAUCAGUCAAAGGAACUGUCGGUUCCCUGAUGAAAACUACCUUCAGACUUACAGCUUGUACAGCUACUCUGCAUGUGUCGUAGACUGUCGGGCUCAGGCCCAGAUACAAUACUGCAACUGCUUGCAUCACUUUAUGCCGAAAAUUGCUGGUGUAGCCACAUGCAACUUGACUGGGUUGAUAUGCCUCUCCAAUGUUUCAGACACACUAAGAUCUUUAAGAACUGCAGAUUACACAGAAAAGCUUGGACUUGUGUGUGAUUGUCUCCCCAGUUGUAAUGAGCCUGAGUACACGAUCGUCUCUAGGACCACUGGCUUAAAUGAAGAGUACAAUGAAACAAUAUAUGGAAGAUUUGGCUCCAAAAUUUCAAUUGAGAUGGACUCAUUACCAAAAGAGCAAUUCAUCAGAAAAGUUGUUCGAUCUCCACUAGAACUUGUAGUUUCUAUGGGAGGAACAAUAGGAUUUUUUCUUGGAGCAAGUCUUCUGAGCAUUGCAGAGUUCUUUUACUACUUCUUUAUAAGGAAGCUGGUCGAUCGAAAAAGGUCAUCAGUCUUAAGCCAUAAACCAGAACUUACCAUCAAGACAAACAAAACUAUGAAAAACAAGAAAUCUAAAAACAUCAAACAAGAAAGAAUGGCAAUUCCAUACAUAAACUGAACUGGAGGAACUACUGAUUUGAAAGCCCCGUGAUAGUUGGAUACAAUUUCUAUGAAUAAAAAUAAAUUGUCG